UCUUCCUUACUUUCUCCCCCUCUUCUCUUUUUUCUUUCCUUUUCUUCUAAGUUGCGCCGCCGCCGCCGCCCGCUGGAGUAUCCGGUGCGGCUUUUUUUAAUUUCCCUCUCUUUCUUCAUUUCCCUCUGAUUGUGCUUCCGUUUACUAGGAAAUCGAGUAUGUUUUAACAUUUUCCUCAUCUAUUUUUUCAUUUUCUUUGCUUCUCCUACCGGUGGUCUCCGGUCGCCGGCGCUUCCGUUUCAGACCUCUUUGCCCAAGUUUUUCCGGUAGCUAGGGUGCACAGAAAAUCGCACCAACAAACAAACAUGGCCAAGUUUAUUCUCUAACACCAGUUUUGCUUGUAGGUUUUGUAAGUCGUUAGUCGAAAAUUUUGGGUCAAAUACAGUUCGUGAAAGCUCACAUUCGAAGUUCCACCAUGUUCGCUCAAGUCAGGUAUCGGUUGCAACAGACAAUUCUCCGUUCGCGCAUCGUUGAAAACCCUGGAACUCCGAUCUCCAGUACAGGAUCGUGCGUUUCCUUAUAUUCCACUUCCACAAGGAUAUACAGCGGUCCGAUUUCGAGAUCACUGCGCAAGCGAAUCAACAGAAGAGCUAGAUUGGCAGCAAAACCUGUUCUAGACAAAACAGUUUUCCAAAAAUGUGUAUCUCAGCUGCUGCCUAGGUUCACCCCGGAGGAUCUCCACAAUGUGAUAAUCGAACAGGACGAUCCAUUGGUGUGCUUCAAUUGGGCGUCUCAGCAGCACAGAUUCAGGCACACCGUGUUCACCUAUCACGUCACGAUCCAAAAGCUCGGUGCGGCCAAAAUGUACAAGGAAAUGGACGAUAUCGUCAAUCAGGUUCUAGCUAUCCCUAACCUGGGCUCUGAGCCUCUUUUCAAUACCAUGAUAUAUUACUUCAUUGAGGAUAGGAAGCUUGUUAGGGCUGUGAAUAUAUACAAGCAUAUGCGUGCUUCCCGGAAUUUAGAUUGCCGGCCGUCGAUUCGUACCUAUAACAUAUUGUUUGCAGCAUUUCUGAGCCGCAGGACGAACAACUAUAUUAACCGAAUGUAUAUUGAGACAAUAAGGUGCCUGUUCAAGCAAAUGGUUGAUGAUGGAGUCGAGCCCGAUAUUUUUUGUUUGAGUGCUAUGAUAAAAGGAGCAAGGAGUGCUUAGAGAAAGUUGCGGAAACCAUCAAAUUUCUAUCGGCACGCGGAGACUCUUACAUCCUAUUACUCACAGGGACUGGAGCCGGGGAGGUUGGGCUCAACAGUGUGCUCGGAGGAGCAGUCUUUGUUACUUGCAUCGUUGUUGGGGCUGUUUCACUUUGUGUUGCGCAACAGGACGUCCAGAUUGAUAACAAGUGUUUUUAUAUGCCUUUGUCGUUGCUGCUAAUGAACUGUUGAGGACCCAUACCCAAAGGCUGAAAUUGGAUGCGUUUACUCCAUUGCUUCCAGUUGUAGGAAGUCUGUUUUCCAUGGGAAAUCAAGAGGAUGAGUCCAUGUUUAGCUCAUUGCUUGAGGUUGAAACCGAGAGUAAUGCGCAGUCACAUGCUUCGUUGCUGCAGUGGAUGUGCGCUACUAAUGUGGCAAUAUGACGGAGACAAGAAUCUGUGGAGAUGGAAUGAGGAAGAUACGGAAGCACAUCGGCCAUUGUUUUCAUUUUUGAAGCUAUGUUCUCUAAUGCACUUGCCAUUAACAGUUCCAAGGCGACUCACUGUUCCUGGUCUAAGGGGAUUGACUAUUCACACAUACGAGGAAACAAGAAGCUUUGUAGGCAAUGUGAUUAUUUCCGGUCUUAAUUUUGAGGAAAAGAUUGAUUGCAAUUGCCAAUUGGUGUGGAUACAUCACGGCUAAGGAUGUUCUUGAAUUAGUUGAGGAACAUAUCCUAAAGGGUGAAAUCGUUGAGAAGCUUUGGAGGGGCCAAAUGGGUACUACUAUUGGCAAAUCAAGUGUGGCCUUAUUUGAUAGCCACAACCCACCAAGUGGACUUGAUACAGUUAAAGUUAAAUAAAAAAAAGAUGCCACCUGGAUUGUGGUUAUUAUAUUGAGCAUCACUUCAGCUGCUACUAUUGCUUAUGGCAUCUACCGAAGAAGAAGGGAGGCUAGGCAAAGAAGAAGAAAAAAAAGAGGAAAGAGGGAGGAGGGAACAGGAAGACCGAAAAGAAAAGAAAAGGAAAACCUGUUGGCGCGGCUGCCGUCUGCUGUCGAUGAUGAUAUAGUAUGUGUAAAUGUAUUAUUGAUUAGGAAUUUAGGGUAAAUUGUGUAUAUUAAUAAUAAUGAUAUUAUAAUUAUGAUUAAUUUUUUAUA